AUGGUCUCACCCAAAACCGUCAAGGAUGUUCAAAAACUCACAGGAAGAAUAGCAGCUUUAAACAGGUUCGUCUCUAGGGCCACAGACAAAUGCCUGCCUUUCUUUAAGACAUUGAAGCAGGCUUUCGCCUGGACCGACGAGUGCGAAGCAGCAUUCCAAGAGCUGAAGCAAUACCUGAGCAGUCCACCUCUCCUAAGCCCGUCCAAAGAAGGAGAAAACCUAUACCUGUACCUGGCGGUGUUAGCCUCGGCAGUAAGUGCAGCUUUGAUUAGGGAAGAGGGCAAGAAGCAACUCCCGGUUUAUUACGUCAGCCAAGCUUUCCAAGGGGCUGAGUCCAGAUACCCAAGGAUCGAAAAGAUUGCGUUUGCACUAAUAGUGGCCUCGCGCAAGCUCAGGCAAUAUUUCCAGUCAAAUCCUAUUCUUGUAAUGACGGACCAACCAAUCAAGAAGUCAAUGAGCAAGCCAGAAGCAGCAAGGAGAAUGGUCCAGUGGGCAAUUGAACUUAGUCAAUUUGACAUCGAGUACCAUCCAAGAACAGCGAUCAAGGCACAAGCUCUGGCGGACUUCAUCACCGAAUUCAUGUUCCCUGACGAAGACAGGAUUACCGACGAAGCAGAUAAACUAAUAAUACAGACUGAUGGUUCGUUAGCCCAAAAAAAGGGGGGAGUAGGAGCCAUCAUAACCACCCCCGACGGAAAAGUGCUGAAAUAUGGGGUCCAACUAAAGUUCCCAGCCACCAACAACGAAACUGAAUACGAAGGAAUACUGACAGGACUGAGGCUUGGGAAAGCUCUUGGUACCAAAAAUUUGUUGAUCCAAAGUAAUUCAAAACUAGUGAUUGGACAGAUCAAGGGAGAAUACGAGGCAAAAGAAGAAAGGAUGCAGAAGUACCUCAAGUUGGCAAGACAGCUAGCUCAAGAAUUCGAUACAGUGGAGUUCAUACAAAUCCCAAGAAGUCAAAAUAUGGGGGCUGACGAAGUGUCAAAGCUAGCGUCAUCAAAAGAAGAAGGGACUAGCACGGACCUGGCAAUGGAAGUCCAAAAACACCCUAGUAUCGAGGAAGUUGCAACCUUCACCAUCCAGAGCACUGAUACCUGGAUGAAGCCCAUAAUAUCCUUCCUCCAGGACGGGCACCUACCUCAAAACACUGAAGAAGCCAGAAAGAUCAAGAAGAGGGCAGCCAGAUUCACGAUCUUGAAUGACGUCUUGUACAAGAGAGGCUUCUCUAUGCCCUACUUGAAGUGCGUUGACGAGGAAGAGGCCAAAUAUAUCUUGGAAGAAGUACACGGAGGAAUUUGUGGCGACCAUACUGGUUUCAGAUCCCUAGUAAACAAGGUGGUAAGGGCAGGAUAUUUUUGGCCAACCAUGCAGGUGGACGCUGCUGAGAUCGUCAGGAGGUGCGACAAAUGCCAACGAUACGGAAAUGUGCAGCGGCUUCCAGCAGAGAAAAUGACGACCAUAGCUUCCCCAUGGCCAUUUGCGCAAUGGUUCGGGAUUCCCUCGACGAUCAUAUCAGACAAUGGAAGGCAGUUCGACAGUCAAGGCUUCAGGGAAUUCUGCUCAAGUCUUGGGAUCAAGAAUCAGUUCUCAUCCCUAGGGCAUCCUCAGGCAAAUGGACAGACGGAAGUAACGAACAGGACGCUGCUCAAAAUUAUCAAAACCAAGCUGGACGAAGCAAAAGGUGCCUGGCCAGAAGAACUGCCCAUUGUCCUGUGGGCUUACAGAACCACAGCCAGAACCCCGACAGGAGAGACACCGUUCAAGCUUACUUAUGGCACAGAAGCAGUAAUCCCAGUGGAGGUCGGGGUAACGAGCAUCAGACGAGAAACUUUCACAGAAGGACUCAAUGACGACGAAUUACGACUCAACCUGGACUGCCUGGACGAAGUAAGAGACAACGCAUCCAGUAGGAUGACAAAGUAUCAAAAAAAGAUGGCCGAGUAUUACAACAAAAGGGUCAAACUCAGGCGACUGGACAUAGGUGACCUCGUCCUGCGCAAGAUCACUGCAGCAACCAAAAACCCUACUCAAGGAAAACUGGGCCCUACAUGGGAGGGGCCUUACCGCGUCAUUCACUACUCAAGACAAGGAAGCUACCAUCUGGAAACCCUGGACGGACAAAAGCUCCCUCGGCCAUGGAAUAUUGAGCAUUUAAAGAAGUACCAUGAGUAA